CUAAGUAAUAAAUAUUCCUAAUAAACUGCUCCUUUUUGUAAUUCCCCGAAAGAAACUCGGGGGAAUAUGCUACUUUCUCAAUUCCUGUCAUUUGGCUUGCUGAACAGAGCAGUCUUGGAAUUUUCUGGGUUUAGCACUUCCCCUCAAAAUCUCUGAUAUCAAUUCAAACACAGUGUUAGCAGGAAUGGAGGCGUCGACAAUCAACGAAAAUUCUGCCACUGUCACUGACCAUGUCAAAGAGCAUGUCUUGAAUCACGGAGGAAGGGACUCCAACCCUGAGAUUGAUGGAGAAGAAGAAGACGAAGAGCAUGUUAGGGGCAUAUUGCAAGUUAUUUCAUCUACCGGAAAUUUUUGGCAUAGCUGGGAUAAACUGAAGAGCAUGCUAUCCUUUCAGUUGAAACUGGUUUUAUCAGAGUAUCCUGAGGCAAAAAUGACAACUGAUGAACAACAUGCUUCAUUGGGAGAAACUUACCUAGAGCUGGUGUCGCGACUGGAUGAAGAGCUUCAUUGUUUCAUUGGGGGCCCACCAUUUACCCUUCAAAGAAUAUGUGAGAUCCUACUGGCUGCAAGAAGUAUCUAUCCAAAUCUCUCUAAGCUUGCCUUAGCACUAGAAAAGAAUUUGCUGGUAACCUCUACAUUGACAGUCUGCACCCAACCCUAUCCACAAAUGAUGCCAAAUCCAGAACCAGAAAAGUCAAGUGACGAAGCUCAACCACAGUCUAAUUCAAUCCAAAAUGGGGUUGAACCUAUGGUGGGAGAAAGGGAUGAGAUAAUGACCGAGGUGGAGGCUGGUAUAGAUGAUAUGACUAUUGACAUGGAUGCCUUCCAAGAAAUGGUCGGAUCAUCAGAAACAAAUUCUACAGCGGCCGAGAAUUCUUAGGUUACCAUUUUGAAGAAACCUUGGGGAAGACAGCAGCAAGGGUCACUGCAUUUGGUCCUCAAGGGAGUUAAACAAAUAUUUUCCUUCUGAUACUUCCCUAGAUGCUGUGUUUGUAAGAUUGUCAACAUGUAACAACGGCUAGGUUUUUUUCAGUUUUUAGUUUUUA